UGCUGCUGUUGGGUUCUGAGUCUUGUUUCCAAAAGAAAUGCAGUGUGUCAGCCAACAGCUGGUUAGGUGGGGGGCUGUAAUGUAAGCAAGGGAGAGCAUUGUCCCCCGUUCUCUUUCCCCUCCACCACCCCGUCUCCCCUGACCCAUGCUUGAAGAUGGACGAGUCUUCCCUGCUGGACUUGCUGGAGUGCUCGGUGUGUUUGGAAAGACUGGACGCCACUGCCAGGGUGCUGCCCUGUCAGCACACCUUCUGCAAGCGCUGCCUAGAGAAGAUUGUCAGCUCCAGGAACGAGCUGCGGUGCCCCGAGUGCCGAAUCCUGGUGGACUGCGGCGUGGACGAGCUGCCUGCUAACAUCCUGCUGGUGAGGCUGUUGGACGGCAUUAAACAGAGGCCGAGGAACGGGAGGUCGACCCCAACCUCUGGCCCUGUAUUGUUCUCCUCCGGGGGUAGCGCAGCGUGUCCUGCUCCAACAGCUUUGGGGACAACAUCGAGAGAGCAUCCCACAGGCAGUAACCGGAGCUCCCCGGGGAAGAGUGCUCCACAGUUACCAUGUGCUAAGGCUCUCUACAACUAUGAAGGGAAGGAACCUGGCGAUCUUAGUUUCUGCAAAGGUGAUCUCAUCAUUCUACGACGUAAGGUGGAUGAGAACUGGUAUCAUGGCGAGCUUAAUGGUACCCAUGGCUUUUUCCCAGCUAGUUAUAUUCAAUGCAUCAAGCCUCUUCCACAGCAUCCACCUCAGGGCAAAGCACUUUAUGACUUUGAAGUAAAGGAUAAAGAGCAAGACAAGGACUGUUUGACUUUCUCAAAGGAUGAAAUUUUGACUGUCAUAAGGAGGGUGGAUGACAACUGGGCAGAAGGAAUGUUAGGAGAUAAGAUAGGCAUAUUUCCACUCUUGUAUGUUGAGCUUAAUUCAACUGCAAAGCACCUGAUUGAGAUGGAUAAACAGUGCCUGGCAGUUACACAGAAUGCUGACACAGCUCCAUCAGCUGCUACCAAUGCAGGAGCUAGCUCAGCAUCCAGCUCUCCUGUAAAUAGUGGGGGAGCUGUCAGUGCCGUCCACAGACGCAUUGAUGGCAAGAAAAAUGCCAAGAAGCGACAUUCCUUCACUUCGUUCAGCAUGUCACACAAGUCUUCCCAAGCCAUCACCAACAGGCACUCGAUGGAAAUCAGUGCACCAGUUCUCAUCAGUUCCAGUGACCCCAGAGCAGUUGCCAGGAUUGGGGAAGUACCACAUCUAUCAUCUAGUGCACCGUCCCAGGCUUCAUCUCUUAAUGCUAGCACACCUGCUGGUGCAGUUGGACCCAGACCAGGAGCUACCGUAGGGGACCAGGGCACAGCGUCAAAGACCCAACUACCACUCAAUAUAUACAUGGCCAUGUAUGCGUACAAACCACAGAAAGCAGAUGAGCUGGAGCUGCGAAAAGGAGAGAUGUAUCGAGUCAUUGAGAAAUGUCAGGAUGGAUGGUUCAAAGGCACUUCACUGAGAACUGGAAUGUCUGGUGUCUUUCCUGGAAACUACGUGACUCCUGUCUCCAGGGCUCCCUUUGGAACAGCUCAGUCCAAAACCACAAUGCCAGGAGCUGCUGUCCAAACAGUAAAAGGAAACUCCCCAUCAAGCCAUUCUGCGACCAGUCUUGUGAAUAAUGGUGUAAGGCCUAUUCCUCCUGUUGCUAUCUCUCCUGUUCCACCGCAGCUUCACACAUCCAGUCCGCAGAUCAGCAAUUGCUUACGUUACUCAGGACAGCAAACGGUCAACCAGGCCCGGAGUGCAAUGCAGAUGGUUCAUCCUGCUGUUCAAGCACUUGAACGUCCUACAGCCACUGUACCACCGUUAAGAACACAAAGUCCUCCCACCCGUAUCCCGGCUACUGUAGUCCGACCACAGCCAAUGGCCUCACCACAGCAUGUCCUUCAAUCGUCCGGAGCUCCUGGUGCUAGAUCGACCAUUUCACUCACUUCUGCAGCUGUAGCCAUUACACCACCAAAUGUCAAUGCAGCCAACUUGAAUGGGGAUGCAAUGAGUGGAUCAGCAAGUACCUCAGUGACUUCCAGCCCAUCAAACUCCGUACCUGCCGUACCCAAAAUGGAGGACCGGAAAACUGAGAGGAAAGAGAAGAAAAGUGGACUUUUAAAACUUCUGUCAGGAGCAUCAGGAAAGAAGAAAUCCCGCUCACCUCCAUCUGUAUCUCCAACUCAUGAUUCCCCACAGGCAGCAGCAGAGAAUACCCUGCAAGGGGCUGUGGGUCCUGACGUUCCUCCUGUGUCAAGCCAUGGCAGAGCUGGCUCUUGCCCUUUAGAAAGUGAGAUGCAAGGCACUAUGGGAAUGGAGCCACUCCACAGGAAAACUGGCUCCUUAGAUUCCAACUUCUCCAUUUCUCCACCUACUCGGCAAAUGUGCUCCUCCAUGGUUGCAAUCCGACCAGAUCUCAAACCACUUCCUUGUGAAAGGUAUCGAGUGCUGGUCCCAUAUCCUCCUCAGAGUGAGGCAGAGAUUGAACUUAAAGAAGGUGACAUAGUGUUUGUUCACAAGAAGCGGGAAGACGGAUGGUUCAAAGGCACAUUACAGCGAAAUGGAAAAACUGGUUUAUUUCCAGGAAGUUUUGUGGAAAGCUUCUAAGAAGCCUGAUGUUUAUGGACAUCUGAUAUUUUUAUCAUCUGAAUAUCAUGGCUAUUUGGCAUUAAAUAAAUGUAGAUAAACAUUCAAGCACAACGUCACAGCAAUCAAGAAUUUACAUCCACUGCCAUAUCACUUCCAAAGAAAUCGAAAAGACCCUAUCUGUUGCAAUGGUUCAUUGACAAGACCAUUAUUAUAUAAAGAUGUACAUACAGAGGUAUGUUGAAGCAGUGCCUUCCCCAUGAAGCCACAGACUGAGAGACAAGUACAUUUGCUUUUAAACUAGACUGAAUUACAUUUAUUCUCUACUGUGUAAAUUAUAAAUUUGAACUUUUUUAAAAUAGAAUUUUGAUAUAUCACCAUAACUUAUUUGGUAAGGUUAGCACAAAUAAUGAAUGAUUGUAUGUGAGGUGCUUUCUCUGACAAGGCAAAUAAUUUUUCUUCUUUUGGUCUAAUAAUCAGAAAUCAGAAAGUAAUUGGAUUAGAUUGGAGCUGUCAACUCACCAGAGAAAAAAUGCAAUUUAAAACCAGUCAAAUAAUAUGUUACUUGCAGUUUAAUUAUAGUAGUAAGGUGACUUUGGCUAAUUCAGACAAAGCAGCUAUAAAACCAUUAUCAAGUUGUAGCAAUUAGCUGACCAUAUUAGAUAUCUGAAAAUGAUUCAGUCAUAUUAUGACAAUCAAUUUGGCCUGACUAUACAGAAAUAUUUGGCCUGAAUAUACAAAAAACAGCUAAAGGUAAGUUCAUAAGUGAGAGAAAAUGUCUCUAAAAUAUUGUCAGUGUUUGUUAAAGAGAAUUCUGUGUGUUUUUUUUCUCAAGUUGCACACUAUUAAUGAAAGUUAUCACCACUGGAGACAAGCAAGCAUGUUCUGACUGAACAAUUGUAAUGGAGAGCAGAAGACAAAUAAUAGGCUUUUUGCCUAUUUCACUAUUCACAUAACAACAUCAAUAUCUAAAGAAUGUCAGUUAGUAACUACCAAGGUGACAAGGACAUAUAGUUUCCCAAUACAUUUGUUUUCCUAUUUCCAUCACACUUAGAGGCUGAUUUCUUGUUGCUAUUCGAUUGAUUUGUUGUUGACCUACAAGUAUCCUUGUGAUUGAGUAAUGUGCCAUUUGCUGAUUUCCACUAUUGCAGUGGAGGAAAGGGAUCACUUUGUUCUGCAGUACUCCAGCACUUACAACAAAACAUGCAGGUUUGCCAUUGAAAUUUAUGGCCAUCAGCUCAGGAUGCUUGAUGCCAGCGAAUUAACACGAUAACUGACAGAAUAAAUGACAAUGACUUCUGCUACUCAAUCCAUUUCUGAAUGUUUCCUUACAAAUAAAUCAGUACGUUGCAUCAAAUUCCAUACCUCUCUAGUUUUGACUAGGGAAUAAUGGACCCCCAGUAACAGGAAUUACGUUACUGCAAUAAAUCACUUAAAAUCCGCUUCUAAGCUAACUUGCUGCCUGUAAGGGGAAUGGUUGGAAUGCAAUAACCAGAUUCAUGUCUAGGCUGGAAAAAAAGUCUGCCAGGAUUUCUCUUUUUGAUCAAUGGCUGCUGCUGGAUUAUGUUCAUGUACUUUUUGGGAAGGAGGAUAACAUUGUGCUGGGCUUCACCACUAAUCAUCUAGCUUUCCGCAGGAAUGUUGACCACUUACUUAGAUAUUUAAGGCGUGUUGGCACCUAUAGAACUAGACCCCAAAAAGAAAGAAACAUUACAGCAGGGAAUUUAAUAAAUAUAAUUAUUUGCAUUCUUUAAUGCUGCCCUGAAAAUGAUACCCAUUUAGAGUUAUAGAAUUACAGCACUAAAGAAGGAUAUUUGGCCCAUCAAGUUUGUGCCAGCUCUUUCAAAGAUAAUUCCAACAAGAAGAAUCCCAUGUUCUUUCCUCGGGUCCAUGUAAUAUUUCCUGCUAGCUCUUUUUAUCCAAUUCCCUUUUAAAGGGUAAUAUCAAAUUUGUAUCCACCACUCCAUCAAGCAGUGCAUUCUGAAUCCUAAACAUUUGGAUUUUUCUUUUUCAUGUUGAGUUUAGUUAGCUAAUCUAUUUGGUUAGUCUUAACUUGCUUCACUUUAUAUACAUAUUGAUCUUGCAGCAUUUUGCCUUUCAAAGUUUCACUUUCCCUGUAAUGAAGUGCUAUUGAACAAACUUCACAAACCUCUUAAUGGUCAUGGACAUGAUACUUUUGACAACUUGCUGAGAAACAGCCACAAUAAAAUAUUGGAUAUGUUUUGAGACACUGGAAUCUCUUAGUCUCUUCUUGAAGUUAAAUCAUAUCAAGAAGUGUCUCAAUAGUUUGGAAACUAUUCCAAUUUUUUCUAGGGUUAAACAGCAUAUGUUUUGUUGGUGAUAACACCUAAAAUUGUUCUUCCACCAUGAGCAGGUUGAUUUGAGAGUUUAAAUAUAUUUUCUUCCUAGUGGUAGCUAUCUUCUGUGACCAUUAGAAAGAUGAUUCUGUCCAAUUGCCAAUUUUAUACCAUUAUAAUUCAUGCACAGUAGAAUCCUAUUUUGCCAAAUACAGAAUUUCAUUUCAUAAUGAGACUUCUGGCUGAAAGUGAUAAAUAUUUCAAUAAUGUCAUUUCCAUUGAUUUUUACCUCCGUUGACAAUAAGACUGACAAAUGACAAGUCAGAUAACAAGUAGGUUAGUGGUCACAUUAUCCCAACUUGUUGUUUAUCAGCCUGUUCCCUUACAGUCAGGGAUGAGAAGUGAAUAAAAAUUGAAACAAUUGCAGAAGUCAAACUUUAGGUUACCACCUGCAGUGAUACCACUCCCUGAUAUUGCUCAUGAGGAACAUGGUCUUUAGGAAAUGUCAGAGUAUGUGGAGUGUUUUGGAUCUGGAAUUCAUACUAAAUGAAAUGGAAGGGUGGUUCAAGUUUGAUAACUUGGCAUCUACACAUCUCUGGAUACUUGCAUUAUUAUAGCUUCACAGUGGGUUUUAAUGUGGUUUACAUUUACACUAAACUCCAGGAGGAUGUUCAAGGUCUGAUUUGCCAAAGUCUCACAGUCCAUUUUUAUUCCUGUGCCUCUUACAUGUUUCUGUAAGCUCAGCUUUUAUCACUGUUAUUUUAUGAGACUCAUUGAAUGUAUGGUUUAAAUUAGGCUCUUCUAUUUAUACUUGGCUCAUCAUCAAUGAAGAAUAAGGGUGUUUAAAAUGUACGAAUAAAUAUAGGAGCUUAAUUCAAGAUAAAUCUAAUAUGCUAAAUAACGCUUUUAUAUGUGAUUAUGUGAACACAGAUACAGUGGUUGUCCUACUUACAGUGAAUUACAUGCCCUAUCCUUAACAAGUAAAAUAAUUAUGAUCUCUCAACAAUGAAUUCAUUCUAAAUUUCAUAAAACUGAUCAAGACAAAACCAGAGAAAAUGUACCUUUUUUCCACAAGUGAUAAAAAGUGUCUCAAAUUAUCAUUUGCUUUAUUACACUAGUUCACAUGCUGAAGAAUAUUUCAUACAUUGCCAGAGAUAGAUCCAGCACAAGAAUAUAAGAGCGUUCUGAUUUUAAAGGAGCAUUCAGCUGGAACUUCAAUACACUGCUGUACACCAAAUUGAUAUGUGCUCUCAGCCUGAUGAAACUGAUGAUUGCAGUUCUGAUUAUUUUCCUGCCCAAACAUAUUUACUAAAUCCUUCUUCAUGAAGACAAUAUUUCUUCAUAUAGACCUUUGCAUACUCAUUACAGAUGUGAAGUGAAGUAAAAUAUAUAUGAAAACAACCAAGGAAUUAUGAUUCACGAUAUCUUUCUCCCAGUUCCAUAUCAACAACUCACCAGGAGAGGUGAUCUCAGCUAACGUUAAAUAGGCUGUGGAAUAACAGUAAUUAAGCAUUAAGGGUUUUCCCUGUAAAUAUUACAUUGCUUUCAUUACUGUAAUUAUAAUGCCCUAGAUUUUUUUAAAAAAUGUUUUGGCAAAAUGGUAAUUAUGAUUUUUUGCAUGGACUAGUAAGACCACGCCACUAUUUUACAUACAAUUAGUCCUUUUAACAGCGUACGUUGAUUACUUAAGUAGCAGUGACCUAGCCAUUUUGUCACGUGAUCCAAGUACAAUAUAGUUUGAAAGUAAGACAUGAUGACAAUAUGUAUUACUAGUUACAUUUAUGCUCUAAAUAUCUAAAUGCGCAGAAAAAAAAUCAAUUAAUUUCAUCUCAGAGUCCUCCAGGAUAACAGAAACAAAGUAGAUCUUGUUGUAAAUUCUAUGCCGUAUCAGCUCAGCUCGAUCAGCUUGCCCCCUUUGUGAACAACUUUUGCCAUAAGGAACUAAUCAAGAUUUUGCAAUGAAGUAUAGCUCGUUCUUUACACAGUGCAAUUAAUGUAGGGAAUCUAAUGGGAAGAAGUGGCGACUAUUUUAUAUCGAAAUUUUCACCCAUUUUAAUUAGGAAAGAGUUCAUAACUGCUGUCAAAUCAAAUUUUGAGCUGGGUCUCCAUUUUCCUUCAAACCAGAUCACUUAUUGCCACAAUUAGAAUUCUUCCUUUAAGGACGUUGAAACAAUCCAUACAAAAGCUGCACCCUUUUAAAAAAUAAGCAUUAGAAAAGAAACAUAUCUUCAUUAUUCUUUGUUUCUCUUGAUUUGUUUUUAGCAUUUUUGUUUAUGCAGGCUCAUGUGAUCGCAUCAUUAGCAAUCUGGAUUGAAGGAGUUACUGAAGUGAGAAUAACAUCAGCAGAGAUACAUUCUUAUUAUCCCAAGAUCAUUUAAUAGCAUUCUCACAUUAACUUUGCAUGUUUUAAUUCAGAAGUUCUCAAAUGGUUAAGCUCAAUGGUUUACAAUUAUGACCCCCUCCUUCAGAGGUCUUUAACAUUUCAUUCACCCAAAGAACCAAAAUUAUUCUUGCAAGACACAAGCAGACAUUUUUUUUUCAGUGCUUUGCUUUUUACAAACAUACAAGGGCUACUUGAUAAACUUCAUGAAAUGCAAAUAUGAAAUUAACUGCUAAAUUAGUAAACUGUGUCACCUCAGUAUCAUAAUGCUUUCAGUUGUUGCUCUUUGUAGUGUAUUCUGCUGUAGAAGCAAUUGCUAUGUUAUAUUUGGUUCAGAUAGCACCAAACUCUGCCCACACUGACAUACUGUGCAGCAAAGUCACCCUUUGCCUGCUGUGAAACAGCUUACAUUUUACCAUUUGGAAUGAUGGCCCUUAGAAGAGACAUUAUUUUCUGUUUCAGCGUCACUUGAAAGGAAACAAAAAUAUAUUAUGAUUAGAGCUAAGCAUUGGAAGAACAAUACUGACAUUAAACAUUAUUCAACAAGGAACUUACUCUUUAUACAAACCAGUUAAAUUAUCUUAGACAACAAGGUGCAGGGCUGGAUGAGCACAGCAGGCCAAGCAGACCUUGUUGUCUCGGAUUCUCCAGCAUCUGCAGUUCCUACUAUCUCCAGUUAAAUUAUCUUGUUUUGCUGAAAGUUCUAUUGCAGUUGACUGAAAAAGUCAUGAUGUGUUUGUAAAUAGAUUUCAAAACUGCUCUGAGCUAUAAAAAAGUGUUUGAUGUACAUUUGUCCAAGUCACCUUAUGACUUUUAAACAGUCACAUUUAAUUUCCAAACUAACAACUAUUGCAUAAUUGUUACACUCUUAUUUGAGGGAA